ACUCAGCUCUAUGUAUCCUGGUAACACAGGGCUGCUAACAGUAGGAGGAGGCUGUGGCAAAGAGUCCCUACUCUGAUUGUUCAGACAGCAGAAUUAUUCAGCAGUGAAGAGACAGACUCUUCAGAUCUCCGGCCACAACUCAGGUUUUGAAUGUCCAGUCUUCAUCAGAAAACUCACAGACUGAGGAGAUAAUCCACUCCAAUGCGCUGCAAGUCUGACUCCUCCAGGCAGGAUGGAAGUAGUUCAAAACAAAGAAAAAAUGAAGAGAAGAUGAGAUAAAGAAACACAUCUCAGAAAGACACCCAUGCAGGCCUGACAAGCAAGUAACACAGAGCUGCUGUUUCCAUGAUGGGUGUAUCCUGGACUGCAUUUCAAUGAGUUCAAGAAGCCACAGUUAUCUGCACAGGACCUUUGCUGCUCCUCCUCCUGCCCGCCUUGUUUCUGAUGGAGUACUGGGUGGGAUAGCUCAGAUCACCCCAUCCCUCUACCUGAGCAGGGGCAAUGUGGCAUCCAAUCGCAACCUGCUUCUCUGUAGGGGGAUCACCUGCAUUAUCAAUGCUACCAUCGAGUUACCGAAUUUCAACUGGCCACAAUUUGAGUACCUGAAAGUGCCUGUGGCUGAUAUGCCCCAUGCACCUCUCACUUUGUAUUUUGACAUUGUUUCUGAUAAAAUUCAUAGCGUUACCAAGAAGCAUGGAGCCACCCUAGUACACUGUGCUGCUGGUGUGAGCCGGUCAGCAUCACUUUGCAUUGCUUACUUAAUGAAAUACCAUAAAGUGUCCCUUCUGGAGGCUUAUAGCUGGGUCAAGUCCAGACGUCCUAUUAUUAGGCCUAACAUUGGUUUCUGGAGGCAACUGAUAGAUUAUGAACGUAAACUGUUUGGCAAGACAAGUGUGAAAAUGUUGCAGACACCAUAUGGUAUAAUGCCUGACAUUUAUGAGAGGGAAAGAAGACAUUUGAUGCCAUACUGGGCAAUUUAAUUUUAAGACACAUAAUCUGUGUGGGAUAUCAGGGCACUGCAAAUAUUCAUAUGAAUAUUCACCUAAAUAAUAAUUUUAAGCAAAAACUUUCUUAGUCAGCUUGGCUAUAUUAUUGCUAGUAUCCGUACUGGUACUUCCUAAAACUAAAUAGUUAAACAAGAUAAAGCAAAUACAAUUUCUAAAGCAUUAAAUAGAGAGAGGUACACAGUUUUCAUUUUGCUGUUGUAUGUUACAUGUUUUACAUAGCACUAAUGCUGAAAGGCAGAAAGGUUUUAUUUAAUAAAUUGUAAUUAAAUUAAUCUGCUUUUACAUUAGCCUUACUCUGCCAAGGAAUAAUACAACAGACUGAAAUUCCUAUAGCAGUGUAAGGAACAAAAUGUGCACAUUUUAAACUACUGUACAGAAAUGCUGAAGGUUACAGGGUAUCUUGAUGUAGGACAAUGCCUGUAUAUUUGUUUUAAUCUUUAUUUAAGUUUUGUAAGAGCACAAUGUAAAGGACUAGUAAGGGUAAUGAUUCUCAAUCUCCACAUCCAGACUGAUUGUACUACUUACAACAUUUCAAUCACCAAAACAUAACAAUGAGUUCUUCUCAUGCUAGGCUUUCUCUGAAUAUCUUCCACCACUUUAAAAACACAAAAUACUUAUUUUUUUUCUUAAAAUAUGUAUUCUAAUCUGGGGUACAUUUUCACUUGAAAAUUGUCAAUCCAGUGUUUAAAAAUUGUGUUAGAACUCUGAAACUGGUGCUACAAGAAGGUCUAUCCCUGAGGUGGCCUCACGUUUGAGAAGUGUUGCAUUUUAAGCAUAAAGAGCAAGAGAAGCAAUUCAUGACCACUACUGUGUUCCCAAAUUUUGCAGCUGUGGGAUUUUCUUUCUUGUACUUAUGAGACAAAUCAGAAAACAAUGAAUGUGCUGUGAGAGUCCUGUUGAUAAAUCAUAAAUAUACUUAUUACCCUUAAAUAAACCAAAGUAAAUGUUAAUAAUGGACUCUGCUUGAGCUUUUGAAUGAGAAAAGUUGAUUAACUGGGAGAACUUUUAAAAUAUGUUCUGCUUAAAUAGCUUAUGUUAUACAGGAGAAUGCCUUCUGAAGUGUCAAAACAACAACAAAGUAUACUGUAACAUCUUUUUCAGUUAAUUAAAGGUAUUAAAUCAC